AACAGCGUCCCCCUUGAGAAGCAGCUCAUUACAAAAAAUAAACAAAUAAAAUAAAACCGAAAUGCUUGCUCUUUCGUCCAGACUCCAGAUCAGCAGGUGGCGCUAAUGCUCCGGUAAGCUGACUUCCAGCGCAGUAAUGGGAAGAAGUAAUCGCAGGAGGAGACACCUCGGCCUGCAGCACUUAGUAACCCGACAGUGGUCUGAAGCAGAACCAUGCAGGCGUGAAUUGUUGCAUUCUGUGAUUUAAUGGUCCUAAUCCAGCAUGGAAAAGCAGAGGAGUCAACAUGCAUCUUGUGAAACACAUCUUUUUUGAAUACCAGGGUUUUGAGCAAACCCAUUGAUGGCCACAUGGAGACCAAUUUUCUUGGUGCCUGGAUAGUUUUACUUGUACAUACCGGUUAAAAAAAUGAUGCCAUCUGUACAUGGACAAAAUCAUUUCGUAAUGGAAAAGCAGAAGUCUGGGAACAGUGCGUCUUCAGGCAAUUCAGCCGCAGAAAUUAACUUCAUCUGCACUGAGUGCGGUGAUGGAUUCAGUCAGUACGCUAAUGUAUUGGCACAUAUGGCAGUUCAUGGACCUUUGGAGUCAUUUUCCUUUGAUGGCUCAUCCAAUGGAUUUGAAGUCCCCCGAGAAUAUGUGCUACAAGAAAAUGGUACACUGACAGUUGUGAAUGGUUUGACACAGUCACAUUCUCCUUUGAAGCCAGUAUCUCCUGGAGUUUUGCCAUCACAUUCACAUUUCCCAUCCUCUGUAAGGUCAGUAUCUCCAAACGUAAAAUCGCAGCCUGCUCCUCACAAAGAGGUAUUCAGGCCAAGGCCGUCUGAUGUGAACUUGGACAAGUCUCGCCAGGGACAUUACCGCUGUGAAAUAUGUAAUCGAUCAUUUAAUAGCUUGCAGAGUUUACAUCGUCACCAGCAAUAUCGAAACACAGAACGAGGAUACAAAUGUACUUUGUGUUGCAAAAUCUUUGAAGAUAGGCAGGAUCUCAAGAGACACCUCCAUGACCACUUAAAUGAGAGGUUUCACUGCUGUCGUCUUUGUGGUAAGCGAUUCCUGAAAGCAGAUGCCCUGAAUGCUCACCAGAAAGAAAAUCACCCUAUUUCCAAAGGUACAGCUCUGGGUAAAUCUGAGAAUAAGCAGGAAAAAAAGCUUGAGAAAACAUAUCCUUGUAAGAAGUGCAAACUGAAUUUUUUCUGGAUGUCAGAUUUCCAGACACAUUCCCUCUACCAUUGCAAGGGGAAAGAGCCUGAUGCUUUAUUUGCAUCUGAAAUCGAAAUUGACAUAAAUUCUAAGGACCUACACAAUGCGCAACUUGAAAACUGCCAUAGUAAUGGCACAGCGAUUGAGAUGCAGAAUGGGGAAACUAAAAUCUUUAGGCAUUGUAGCGACGACUAUGACUACUCUUUCAGAAAAUAUAGAUGUGGUUUAUGUGGGGAUCAUUUCCAGAAGUUAGCAGCUUUAAAGGAACAUCAUCUCACACAUCAAACUCAGGAGGAAAUUGAUCAGAUGAAUCAAGAGUCCCAAAAACCUUUAAAGCAAAAGGUCCAACCUAAAGCCAGACGUAGAAGAGGGGGUAAUCCAAAUGGAAAGCUCCAUCCGUGCAAGCACUGUCAUCGUGUCUUUAAUCAUUCUAGUAGUUUGUCCCGGCACAUGAGAUAUCAUAAAGGUACAAUGCACACAUGUGUAUUUUGUGGUAGGCAUUUUCCUCAGCGCUGCGAUUUGAGGAGACAUGUAGUCAUGUAUCACAAAGCUGAAUUGGAUAAGAAGCCAGGUUUAAAACACUUGUACACAACUCCACCAAAAGGUCCUCCAUACACUUCUCUUAGUAAUAGUGAGAAAAACAUGAGCCCUGCUAAUGAAAACACCAAGAGCUCUUCUGACUAUGAAGCUGUAGCUUCACCAGAGCAGAAUCAAAAUGAUAAACAAUCAGGAAAAGCAGGUAGAGUUAACUACAAGUGCCAGGAAUGUGGAAAGAGAUUUGGGCUGUUAUGUGUGUACCAACGGCACUUGCGUUACCACAAAAAGGAACCCAACAAAUGUCCCCAGUGUCCAGCUCAAUUUAGGAAUUCCUCAUCCCUUGAGCUUCAUCUUCAGAAUCACCCAAGCACUGAGGAAGUGGACGAUGCUGGACAAACAUCUCAUGGCACUGGUACUAAUGUGGAUGUUGUCUUGGAAAAGGGUAAUGCAGAGGACAUAGAGGAUGACUAUAUGGCCCAUACUCAAAAUGAUAAAGGAAGUUCUUCAGAGGCUGUCUAUGAGUGCACAGAGUGUACUGAGACAUUCUCAUGCUUGGAGACGUUCCUUCAGCAUCAGACUUCUCAUGGUUCAGAAAACAAUGGGUAACUAUCCUGUCAGACGCAUUUUUCAUUAUUCCUGCCAACAAUUAAGCUGUAGAGAGUUGAGUCUUUUUGACUUUAGAAUGCAUCUAAUUGGAUAACUCUAAAUAUGGACUGUAAAGUUUGUUUGUGGUGGUCAUUUUAUAUAAGUACUUUUAUACAUUUUUUGUUGGCAUGCCAUGAAAAGUAUGUUUGGUGAAUUUCAGAGAUUAAACUUGGAAAUGAAGCACAAGUGGUACCAAAUCCGUUCUUUAUUAAAAUCAUUGUGAAAAUGGGUUACAAAUGCAGUGUUUGCGUGUGUAUGGCUAGAAUGCAUAUUUAUUUCAAUUUUUCUGUCUCAAACUAUUGUUGCAGUUGAAAGUAAAUAUGUUGUUUAUUCCAUUGUAUUUUUAAUGGUUACCUAUGCUGUCAGUGUAAGUCAAAUUGCUGCAUUCAUCUUUUACUUGCAAAAAUGUAACAUUUUUAAAUAUUUUAAAUCUUAUGCAUACUUCUUUAUUUUGAAAGGAUUGCAUUGUCAUUUAGUAGGGUAAUUGUGCCAAUAAAGUUGUACCAAGAAACAACUUAA